AUGUCCUAAAGGAUUCAUGUAAUAGAUUCUUUAAUUUUGUCUUUGAUUUAGCAUGACUGCAAUCUAUGUGAUGUCCGUGCUUUUUGGCCUGGCAUGUGGACAAGCGAUGUCUUUUUGUUUUCCAACUGAGUAUAUGAUGCAUGUCGAAAGGAAAGAGUGUGCUUAUUGCCUAACCAUCAACACCACCAUCUGUGCUGGAUAUUGUAUGACACGGGAUAUCAAUGGCAAACUGUUUCUUCCCAAAUAUGCUCUGUCCCAAGAUGUUUGCACCUACAGAGACUUCCUGUACAAGACUGUAGAAAUACCAGGAUGCCCACACCAUGUUACUCCCUAUUUCUCCUACCCGGUAGCUAUAAGCUGUAAAUGUGGCAAGUGUAACACUGACUAUAGCGACUGUAUACAUGAGGCCAUCAAGACAAAUGAUUGUACCAAACCCCAGAAGUCCGAUGUGGUAGGAGUUUCUAUCUAA